ACGUAGCAUCCCAGAAUUAUUUUCCUGCAAUCUCUCAGCAACCAAACGGAUUGAUACAGAAAUCAAGCUGCAGAGUCGGAGCUAAUAGUUUCGUCUUGCCCUAGAAAGGGAAAAUGAUUGGAGUUGGGAAGAUCAAGCAAUACUCUAACACCUUCAACAAACCCCUCAGCAAGGGGAAACAGGAGGUCAGCUUAAGUGCAUUUACAUUUUUGUUCUCAAAGCUCAUUCAGUACAACCAAAAACAAGUAGACAACAUUGCUGAAUUAAAAAGAAGGCUGGAAGAUGCAAGCUAUGCAGUUGGUGCUAGAGUUCUUGAACUGCUUUGCCAUAGGGAUAAGGGAAACAGAAGAGAAACAUGCUUGUUGGGUAUUUUAUCUUUUGUACAUAGUAUUGCGUGGAAGGUGCUAUUUGCAAAGGUAGCUGACUCUCUUGAGAAAGGCACUAAACAUGAAGAUGAAUACAUGAUCAGUGAGAAGGAACUCCUUGUCAACAGGUACUAUGAGCUAGCUCUUCUUGUGAUUGAUCCAUAAUGCACAUAGGUUUAUUUCAAUCCCAAAAGACAUGGGAACAUUUAAUUGUGGGGCCUCUGUUGCUGGAAUUGUAAGGGGUGUGUUGGAUAGUGCAGGUUCCCCAACUGUAAUAACAACCCACUUUGUCCCUAUGGAAGGACAGCAACGACCUCGAACAACCAUUUUAAUAAAGUUUGCAGAAGAGGUAUUGCGUAGAGAAGCAAGGUUAGAUUGAUUAUCACUCCAAGAUCAUCUCAUUUGCUGUUUGUCAAUGUUCUGGAACAUGAGGCGGAGAAUGGUGAUUUCAUAGCUGGUUUGUCAUUUUUUAUGAGAAAUAUUGCUUGCCAAUCUUAUCAACUUUCAAAGCAAAUUUGAAUUUCUCUCGUAGAUUAAUGACAGUGGAGUACUUUUCAUUAUAGCACAAACUAUACCAAUAUGGUUAACCAUUAACAGUGGAUGUAAAGUGACUGUCGUUUCUGUUCAACAAAAAAAAAAUUAACAA